GAGGGAUAAGAGGCAGGCUUGGAGAGCCAGGCAGGGGCUCCAAAGGGUAUGGGAAGGGUUUGGACUUGAUUCUCAAACCGAUGGUGAUCACUGGAGGGGUUUAAGCAGAAGAACAAUAUUUCAGAUUUAGAUUUUAAGAUCUCUUUCUGGUCCCUGUGGGCAAAACAGACUGUGGCAGUCAAGGGCAGAGCCAGAAGACCAGGGAGGAGGCAGCUGCGGUUCAGGUAAGCCACGAUGGGGGCUGCAGAAGGUGUCAGGUGUGAAAUCUAUGUUGGAUGGAGAGUGAAGAGGACACUGUCUUUCUAAACAGACAAACACCGCUCUCUGGAGGACCGUCUAAGCCGCUGCUGCCACACAUAGCCCACGGCAUCUUCGGCAGGAAGACUUGGCCCCUCCACCAGGCUCCCUGGGAGGGCAGCGCUGGGCAGGGGGCUGACCCUGCACAAUCCGUGUCUCGUCGUCUUUUCAGAUCAGCCGUGCUGAGGGUGAGGACCGGUAGGCAGUUGCCAAGAUGGGUGAAAGGAAAGGUGUAAACAAGUACUACCCUCCGGAUUUCAAUCCUGAAAAGCAUGGCUCCCUCAACCGAUACCACAACAGCCACCCGCUGCGGGAGCGGGCUCGGAAGCUGUCUCAAGGCAUCCUCAUCAUCAGGUUUGAGAUGCCCUUUAACAUCUGGUGUGAUGGCUGCAAGAACCACAUCGGCAUGGGGGUUCGCUACAAUGCCGAAAAGAAGAAGGUUGGCAAUUACUACACAACCCCGAUCUACAGGUUCCGGAUGAAAUGCCACCUCUGCGUCAACUACAUCGAGAUGCAGACAGACCCUGCCAACUGCGACUACGUGAUUGUGAGCGGCGCCCAGCGCAAGGAGGAGCGCUGGGACAUGGCAGACAACGAGCAGGUGCUGACGACAGAGCACGAGAAGAAGCAGAAGCUGGAGACAGACGCCAUGUUCCGCCUGGAGCACGGCGAGGCGGACCGGAGCACACUCAAGAAAGCCCUCCCCACCCUGAGCCACAUCCAGGAGGCCCAGAGCGCCUGGAAGGAUGACUUCGCACUCAACAGCAUGCUGCGGAAGAGAUUCCGGGAAAAGAAAAAAGCCAUGCAGGAGGAGGAAGAGAGGGACCAGGCGCUUCAGGCUAAGGCGAGCCUGGCCAUUCCACUGGUGCCCGAGACAGAGGACGACCGCAGGCUGGCCGCCCUGCUCAAGUUCCACACUCUGGACUCCUACGAGGACAAGCAGAAACUCAAGCGGACAGAGAUCAUCAGCCGCUCCUGGUUCCCCUCCACCCCAGGACCCGCCACCAGCAGCAGCAAAGCCGGCAGUGUCCUGAAGAAGCUGGCCCAGAACCGCAGAUCAGCACCGGCCUGCUCCCCCAUCACUGUAGAGGACCUGGGCAUCGUGCGGCGGCGGUCCCGGGAGGUCUCAGAGAGCCCCCAGCACACAACGGAGACCCCCAAGUCUGGGGAGCCAUGGGUGCCAGAGGGGAACACCCAGGAUGGGCCCACAUCCCCCCGAGACUGCUCUCCGGAGACUGCCGAGACCCCCAAGAGCAGGGGGCCUCGGGAGCAGGAGGGGAAAUGUCAGGACAGGCCCCAGCCCCCACCAGGCUCCUCUCAGGAGGACAUGCCACACCUGUGCACCCUCAGCUCCUCUCUUGUGGCUGAUUACUCCGAUUCAGAGAGCGAGUGAGCGGUUCUGGGGACCAGACCCGCUCCAGAGGCUACGACUCGCCCAGGAGGCCCGUGGGACUGCAGCCCUGCUUGUCCACCAGCCCCCGGAGCGCUCCGAUACUGCCCCUCCCCAGACCUUGCCUUCCUGCAGUGGUGGAGUUAUUUAUUUGGUGCUGGAGAGGGUGUUUGUGCCUUGUGGGACAUCAUCCCAACAUUAAAGACCUGCUUCUUUGUC